AUGGCUACGCCAUCCGCAACCUCCGACGCGAACACCCCCGCCAUUACUCUUCCUGUCAACGAGAAUGACUCCACACGCUCUCUCGAGAGUUCUCUAAUCUCUCGAUCGGACAGCAAGCGGAUAUCGUUCAUGGGAGGGGAGGCACCAAGAAGGAAAUCUGCACAGUCAAGUGGUUCAGAGAGUCAGCCUCUAGAGAGCCUUAUAGGGAAUGGCGGCAGAUCUACACCAACACUAGAGUUCAGACCAGCAAGGAGGAUAUCAUCCCCGCCACCUCCAAGUUCUUUCCAUAGAGGCGUAUCAUUCGACACCUUCGACAACCGAGAUGCCGCCGAUUUUUCCUUCACGUUAAACUACAAGCACAAAGAUUAUCAAGCUACGAGGCGAAGCCGCACGUUUCUCUGUGGAACAGAUCAAAACGAUUACUCGGAAUUCGCGCUCGAAUGGCUCAUUGAUGAGUUGGUUGAUGAUGGCGACGAGAUUAUCUGCUUACGGGUCGUGGAGAAGGACUCGAAAAUCGCCAGUGAUGCGAGCGUGGACGAGGGAAGAUACCGCCAAGAAGCGGAGAAUAUACUGAGACAGGUCAUGGACAAGAGUCAGCAAGAUGAAAAAGCAAUUAGUCUCGUCCUAGAGUUGGCUGUAGGCAAGGUUCAAGAAAUUAUCCAACGCAUGAUUCAAAUAUAUGAACCAGCAGUCCUAAUCGUGGGAACACGAGGUCGCAGCCUCAGUGGAAUGCAGGGUCUUCUCCCAGGCUCCGUUUCAAAAUACUGUCUCCAACAAUCACCCAUCCCUGUCGUCGUCGUCCGCCCAUCCACCAAACGGGAGAAAAAGAAAAAGAAACGUCUGGCGGAUCCAAAUCGGCGUAGUUACGGGAAUAUUCUGCAAAUCAGCGAACAGCGAGGAAGCGGAUUAUUCAACAAAGAAGUGGGCAGCGAUGCCAGCAUCGCCAAACGACCCGCCGACGAAGCAGCAGCAGUAGCCGAGGCCAUUGGUCUUCCUCGAACCUUCCGCCAUGCCCACUCGGGUAGCGACUCGAAGCUUUCUAGCAGCUCUACUGCCGAAGACGAACAACACGGUGCCACCAGCAAAGACGAGGCAUCACGCACCGAGACCCCACAACCCUCGCCCCCAGAAGACGAAGAAAGCGCGAUCCGCGUCCUGAAAAGCCCUGGGAUUUCCAGCCUCGAGACACCACCCGACAGCGAAAGCGAGAGUGACAACGAGGAGCUUGCCAGAGAGUCAUCGCAAGAAUCAUUGUCGCAAGAAAAGACCGCGCCGGGUGUAUUAUUAGAGCUACCAAAGGAUGCUGAAACCGACGGAGAGACAGAUACGGAGACAAUCGUCCCAAACAAGUUGCAGCUAGCGGACGCCUCAUGA